AAUCGUCUUGAUCACGGAUAUGUACAGGCUGCACGCACCAGUGGGCAAACAGCUUGGAGGGUUCGGGGGCAAUCUUGGGACGCUGCAGCAUGGGAUCGCUUCAGGGCAUCCGAUUGGUUGCGUCUGCCUUGAGAUCUACGCGUAGCUGGCCUGGCUAUGCUGGCUUCGGCCAGAUCACUCCGUUGUGGAAAGAGCUUCCGCUGAGGAGCCCAGCACUGGGUCUGCCCCUGCCACCAAUCACUGCAGAAUUGCAUGUGCGCACAUGGGCCUUCAGAGCACUGUCAUCCUCCGCCGUCCAGGCGCAGAGCAAUGCAAUCAGAUUCCCAGCAGAAACAGCAUUCCAAUGGCACUCUGUCGCCCCUCACAUUGAAAGUAAAUCACAUUUUCUCCAACAAGCCAUCACGCCCGCCAUUCUUCCCAUUCUCAACAGUGCCACCUCGAGCGUUGUGCAAGAGGCUUCUCUGAAAGUUCCACACUGUGGCGAUGGGGCGCCGCUGCUGAGCAGACCCUUCUCUACGGCCCCCGGGAGCUGCGCUCCUCUGCUCCUGCACCCUUCCUGCCCUGCCCUCUCCCUGCCCAUCCUCUCUGCUGGCCUGCCCCCUGGUGUCAGGCAGACCGCUGGCUGGCGCUCCUUUUCUAGCAGCCCGGCCCCCAGCGAGCAGCAGGGAUGGGCGCAGCGCCUCCGCAGCCAGACGCGGUCUGCGGUGGCCCAGCCGCGCAAUGUGGCCGCCGGGGUGGCGGAGAAGGGGGCCGCAGCCUUUGACUCCCUCACAGGGGCGGGGGCCCGCUACCGGCAUGCCCUCGGGCUGCAGGUGGCUGGCUUCUGGAACCGCAACAGCCUGCUCCUGUACGGGGCCCUGGGCCUGGCCGUCGUCCUCAUCCUGUGGCGGGUCAUGUUCUGGCUGGCCUCCAUCUUCCUCAACUUCUCAGAAUGGAUGGCCAAUCUCGGGUUCCUGGCGCUGGCUAGUUCCAUGGUUCUUAUGACGGGGCUGUACCUGCGGCGCCGCAUGAGCAUCAACCCCGACUCCGUCUACCGCCAGGUCAUGCGACAGGUGAACACCUUCCCGUCGGCGCUCGAGGUGCUGGGUGCCCCCCUGACCGGCUCUGACGUGCGUGCAUACGUCAUGUCGGGGGGCGGCAUCCGCAUAAGGGGCCUCACCCCCAAGUUCUCCACCAAGCGCGCGUACCUCAUCUUCCCCGUCCGGGGCUCCGAGCGGCGCGGCCUCGUGUCGGUCGAAGCCAAGAAGCGGCACGGCAAGUACGAGUUCAAGCUGAUCUCGGUGGACGUGCCGACCGCGGCGGGCGCAGCGGAACAGCGGCUGUACCUCGUGGGUGACGCGGCCGCGUACCAAAAGGCGGGCACGCUCAUCAACGAGCUGCGAGACCCCAUCAUCAAGGCCAUGUCGAUGGAGCACCAGUUCGAGGAGGAGGACGACAAGGAGGACGAGGAGGAGGCGCGCGCGCGGCGCGACGCGGAGGCGCAGCAGUUCCAGGAGCAGCUGGCCAGGGAGGCGGACCAGCUGGCGGCGGAGGCGGCAGCCAGGGAACAAGAACAAGAAGCGGCCAGGGCCGACAGCAAGGCGCGGUAG